AUGCAUAAUGCCAAUGAUCUCCUGAGAGACAGUAUAUUCUCAGCCAAUGCAAAUGGUGUUUGGAGGACAGAUGGGUCAUAUUUUCAUGCGACCGAAACACGCAGUGUGUCCCCAGGCUGUAUCAAUGUAUCUCCCUGCUGGUUUCAACAGGGCCACGAGGUUAGUCGCAUCUCACAAGACUUCUGUCCAGACGUGUCGGCUACUCUCAAAAGUCCCCAUGGAUUAUCCAUCAUUAAGUCUAUGCAACGACCUUCCCUGCUCAUCUCGGCCGCAUUGAGGGUCAUGCACCCUAGUCUAUAUUGGGACCCAUUGCGAACCACCAUUGAGAUCGGACGCUGGGCUUAUUCCACUGGACGAAGUGAGAUGUAUGAUCGCAUUAGGUAUUGGGUGUCGGUCUUCACAGGUGCUGCUAUAAUGGCCAACCGAUGGUCACCCGCACAUCGCGAUCCCCAAUGCUGCCCUGAAUGGUUUGAUAUCAUGACAUGCAUCGGCAACUAUCCAAACACCCACAUGAAGCUUCCUAAUCUAGGUAUCGAGUUGGUAUAUGACUCAGGGGUGAUGGUAGCAUUCUGUGGUCGGCUUGUCCGACAUGAGGUAGAUGUCAGGUCGGGCGACCAAUGGGUGUGGGCAUGGUUUAUGAGAGACAGUGUGCAUAAUCAUUUCAAGAUACCAUGCGGACAGCACUCAAUCUAUGCUCAGGAGGAUUAUGCGAAAUACAGCAAGGUAGAAGACAUUUCAGGCAGUAUGUGA